CAGAGCUCGGGGCGCGUCCACCAUGGCCUGGACCCCUCUCCUGCUGCCCCUCCUCACCCUCUGCACAGGCUCCGUGGUCUCCUAUGAACUGACCCAGCCGACUUCAGUGUCAGUGGCCUUGGGACAGACGGCCAAGGUCACCUGCUCGGGGGACCUGCUGGAUGAACAGUAUACUCAGUGGCACCAGCAGAAGCCGGGCCAGGCCCCUGAGCUGGUCAUUUAUGAAGACAGCAAGCGGCGCUCAGGGAUCCCAGACCGGUUCUCUGGCUCCAGCUCCAGCAAAACAGCCAUCUUGACCAUCAGCGGGGUCCGUGCAGAGGAUGAGGCCGACUAUUACUGUGUGUCGUGGGACAGUGGCAGUUACAAUGUCCACAGUGGCGGGACCCAGCUCACCGUCCUAGGUCAGCCCAAGUCCGCACCCUCUGUCACCCUGUUCCCGCCCUCCACGGAGGAGCUCAGUGCCAACAAGGCCACCGUGGUGUGUCUCAUCAGCGACUUCUACCCGGGUAGCGUGACCGUGGUCUGGAAGGCAGAUGGCAGCACCAUCAAUCAGAACGUGAAGACCACUCAGGCCUCCAAACAGAGCAACAGCAAGUACGCGGCCAGCAGCUACCUGACCCUGACGGGCAGCGAGUGGAAGUCUAAGAACAGUUACAGCUGCGAGGUCACGCACGAGGGGAGCACCGUGACGAAGACAGUGAAGCCCUCCGAGUGCUCUUAGGGCCCCGGGCCCCCACCCCGGAAAGCCCUGCCCUCCCACCCCGGCUCCCCCUAGCCCUCCCUCCUGCACGCAAUCAGCUCUCAAUAAAACGUCCUCAUUGUCAUUCAGAAA